AUGGACCUAAUAUUCAACUACUUAGAUCCACUUAUCAUUGACAGUGUCUAUGACUCAGUUCGCGACUCGUUGCAACUGAGACUAUGUCCUACCUCUCAUAGCUCAAGUGUCUGUUCUGUCAUCGCAGAUUCUAAGCUAUGGUGUCGGGAAAGCAUCUAUAGGCAAAGUCUUAGCAUAUUCGUUGUAACAUGGGUUUCUAGCUCGGUGUUUUUUCUUCUGCUUGGGACCGUCUGUCACUAUCUAUAUUUUGACAAGACAUUAAAAAAGCAUCCCAAAUACCACAAGAACCAAAUCCGACACGAGAUUUACGAUUCCUUGCUGUCCCUUUUCGGCUUGAAUGUUCUGACCGUCCCGAUCUUCGUUGCUCAAGUUCGCGGAUACGCAAAACUGUAUGAUUUCGGAUCUGGGGGAAUACCUUUAUGGUACGAGUUUGGGCAAUAUCUUUUCUUUGUCCUAUUCAGUGAUACUUGCAUGUAUUGGCUGCAUCGAACCUUCCACAUCAACUUCUUGUUCAACCUCAUGCACAAGAAGCAUCAUCAGUACAUUAUCCCGACCCCGUUCUCGGCCUAUGCUUUCAAUCCGCUCGAGGCGUAUAUCAUGAGCCUGCCCAUUUAUUUGUAUAGCUUUUUAUGGCCGAUGUCGCGGGAGGCACAACUCAUUGUAUUCAUGGCCACGAAUAUCUGGACGGUUUUACUGCAUGACAAUCGUGAUCAAUUCCAUACGGUGCAUCAUAAGAGUGUUAAACUGAACUUUGGACAGUUUCUUACACUUUGGGACCACCUGGGAGGCACCUACGCAGACCCAGAGAGAUAUUUUGCAAGCAAACGAAGAGCAACAGUCAAAACCUAA